GCAUUGAAAAUUUAUCUCGAGCUAAUUGUGAUCAAAUGGAUCACAACGAUGCAAAAAUAGAAAUUAAGUGUUUCUGAACUUAAUGAGUAGCUUGAGAACAACAAUUGACAUGUUUUGGAAGUGUGAGAAUAGACACGAAUGGAAUCGAAGUGGCUAAAGACAUCCAAUUGCCAUUACUACUUGAAUGCUGAAGUUUUAGUCGAUUUGGUCAAAAAUGAUCAAAUUGAUGCCGAAUUGGAAAUUAAUCACUUCCAAAUUAAUUUGACAGCUUGUGGAGGUAUAUUAGGGUAAAUUGGAAGUUUUGGAAUGGAAUAGAAGUGAGUUGGUUGUGCGAAAAGGCCUCCAAUUGCUGCUACUGCCAAAGUGCUGAAAAUCUUAGUUAACCUUGAUUAGAAUGGUUAAGUUAAUACUAAAUUGAGAAUUAAAUGUUACCAAAUUAAUUUGGUAGCUUGGGAAGCUUCCUUGGAUGGUUUUAGAAGUGUUUGAAUGAAAUUGGAAGGAAUUAGAUGUGAGAAAAAGGGAGUUGAAGCAGCUGCUGCCAGGUUCUAGUUAGUGCAGGGACUAAAGUGUAAAUUGCAGGAUUGCAAUGCACUUUUAAUGAAAUUGAGGGUUAAGUUGCAAUUAUGCAUCCUUAUCACUUUAACCCAGCUGGGGGGAAGGUGUACACGUGCUGGUUAAACCCCUCCAUCAGCUUCAUUUCAUCUAAUUCCUCUCUCAUUCUCUCUCAGCCCUAGAGCAAUUCUAGUGAAGAAGCAAGCAGGAAGUUGGCAGCCGGGUGCUUUCGAACUUGUAGAAGCUGCCAAGCCGGAAUUCGGAUGAUCGGAGCUGGGAGUAAGCUAGGGAAGGUCUCUAAUUAAGGUGUAGCAGACUUGGAGAGUUGGGCUGAUUGGAGUCACCCAAGUGAAAAAUUCAGCUAAGCAAGGUUGAAGCCUGAGGUCGGCGACGCACGGAUUACGGUAGAAGCCGUUUAAGCUCUAUUUGCGCGGAGUCGCAAGAGCUUGUUAUUGACUCAGUUCGAGACGCUGAUUCUAGCUGUUGGCAUCCCUACAGGAGAAAUGCCACCGCGACGUGCGACGAGAUCCACUCCGGCAUCACCUUCUGAGGUGCCAGAGCAGUCUGGGUAUGAUGAGGUUCAGGAGCUGCGUGCUCAGGUGAGCGCGUUAGUCGGGGCUAUGCAGAGACAGGAGGAGCAUAUAAAGAGUUUACAGGAUCUAAUGUCGCGACAGGCGACGACAGCAGCACCGGGGAGUCAGGAUGUACCCGUAUCCGAGGCACCGACGAUCGUGCCUCCUGUUUCGCCGAUUGUUCCUCCUGUGGUUUCUGCGCCCUCUGGUUCUGAUGUGACCGCGUUAGAGGCUGAGCGCGCGCGAUUUAUAAAGGUACUAGAGGCAUUUAUGCGGUUUAAUCCGCCUAUGUUUGAUGGAAAAGAAGCAGAUCCGUGGAUAGUGGAGACAUGGCUUACAGCGAUGGAGGCAUUAUUCGAGGAUAUUUACACUUUGGAAAGGGAUAAGGUUCCGUUGGCAGCGCACUGUUUUGAGAAGGAUGCUCAGAUUUGGUGGCAGAAGGCCAAGAAGAAGCGAGCAUCAAAUCUAUUACCGCUCACUUGGGAGGAGUUUCGAGAGAUGUUAUUUAUGGAGUACUUUCCCGAUAGUGAUAAAAGGAAAAUGAAGGAAGACUUCCGCAAGUUGAGACAAGGAAACCGUUCAGUACGGGAGUACGAACGAGAAUUUACUCAUUUGGUGAACUGUGUGCCUGGGAUGGUUCAUACGGAUCGAGAUCGAGCGGAGUGCUUUGAGCGGGGGUUGCGACCUGACAUAUUCAGGACAGUCAAUGCUCUGAAGUUAAAGACCUUUGAGGAAGUUCUAGAUCGAGCUCUUUGGGUGGAGCGCGGAAAUGCGAUUGCGCGUGAUGAACGCGAAUCGUUUGAAAGAGAACGAGAAAGGGAAAAAGGAAAGAAAAGGACCACUAGUGAUGCCGGGGGACAGUUGAGCUCCAAACGGCCCCCUCGGUAUCCACGUUCUCAGUCGAGGUAUCAGGGACCCCCGAGAUGUGUGAUAUGCGGCGGAAAUCAUCGACCGAUGGCUUGUCCACAGCGGGAAGGUAAAUGUUUCAAGUGUGGUCAGCCGGGACAUAUGAUUCGUGAUUGCCCGAGGGGAGCAUCACCUGCACAGUCCACAGCUUCAGUCCAGUCACCCUCCAGACAGCGUUCUGGUCUACCGCCUGCUAUGUUAGCUGGACGUUCUUUUGUGCCACGUCAGUACGAGCCAUGCCGGCCUGCACCGAGUACCCGUAUGGACACACCUCGAUCUGCACCGAGUGGUCGUGUAUUUGCAGCCCAGGCAGAGGAGCCGGCCGUAGUUGAUGACGUCGUGGCAGGUAUUGUUUUACUUUAUGGCACUAGAUCUCGUGCAUUAUUUGACACAGGUGCAUCGCAUUCAUUCAUCAGUAGCUCAUUCGCUAAGACGCAUGAUAUUGAGAUUUCGGAUAGUGCGGAUGCCUGGUGGGUGUAUGCCCCUGAGCACACAUUUAGUGUCCACGAAGUGUGUGCGGCAUGUCCAGUACAGAUUGGUGAUUGGAUUAUGCCAGCAGAUUUGUUAGUGUUAAGCCGUAUGAAAGGCUUUGAUGUGAUCCUUGGGAUGGACUGGCUUACAAAGUACUAUGCCACGAUUGAUUGUGAAAGUAAAGUAAUUACUUUUCGUGAACCCGGGCAAAAAGAAGUUGUAUACUGGGUGUGCAAGAGUUCGCUCUUUGCACUGACUGUAUCGUCGACGAGGGCAAGAAAGUUGAUUAGUAGUGGAUGUGCGGCUUAUUUGGCGACUGUAGUGGAGACUCAAAAGGAACUUCCAGCACUGAGUGAUAUUCCAGUGGUUCGAGAGUUUCCUGAUGUAUUUCCUGCGGAGUUACCGGGAUUGCCACCGGAUCGGAAAAUUGAAUUCGUUAUUGACUUGGUUACCGGGACGGCGCCAAUUUCGAAGGCUCCGUACAGAAUGGCACCAGCUGAGUUGAGAGAGUUGAAAGCUCAGUUGCAGGACUUGAUGGAUAAAGGCUUUGUGAAGCCUAGUGUAUCACCGUGGGGAGCCCCAGUUCUGUUUGUAAAGAAGAAAGACGGAACGCUUCGGCUUUGCAUUGAUUAUCGCGAGCUGAACAAGAUCACGAUUAAGAAUAAAUAUCCAUUGCCGCGAAUUGAUGACUUAUUUGAUCAAUUGCAAGGAUCACGGGUGUAUUCGAAGAUUGAUCUUCAAUCGGGUUACCACCAACUGAAGAUCAAACCAGAAGAUGUGCACAAGACAGCGUUCCGUACUCGUUAUGGUCAUUACGAGUUCACAGUGAUGCCGUUUGGGCUAACCAAUGCCCCUGCAGCAUUUAUGGAUCUAAUGAAUAGGAUCUUUAAGCCGCUGUUGGAUCAGUGUGUGGUGGUAUUUAUAGAUGAUAUCCUGAUCUUUUCUCGAAGUAAUGAGGAGCACGAAGAACACUUGAGAACAGUGAUGCAAAUUCUUCGAGAAAAACAGUUAUAUGCCAAAUUGAAAAAAUGUGAAUUUUGGCUGCGAGAGGUUGCAUUUCUGGGGCAUGUGAUUUCUGAGGGUGGUGUAGCUGUUGACCCAAAGAAAGUAGAGGCAAUUAAAGAUUGGCCCCGCCCGACGACUGUUCCAGAGAUCCGCAGUUUUCUUGGACUUGCAGGGUAUUAUAGACGGUUCGUGGAGGGAUUCGCGAAGAUUACUACUCCACUAACGCGUCUUACACAUAAAGGAACCAAAUAUGUGUGGAGCGAAGAAUGUGAUCGUAGCUUUCGGGAGUUGAAAGAAAGAUUGACUUCGACUCCUAUUCUGGCCUUGCCGAUUUCGGGGGAGAGUUUUGUGAUCUACAGUGAUGCUUCCUACAGCGGACUUGGGUGUGUACUUGUCACGCCCCGCCCCGAAACCACUACCAAUUUUCAACACAAAGACGAAGCGUUCCGUCUUUCUUCUUUACAAACAAAACUGGGGCUCCCCAUGGUCGAGGUGUGUCCAUACGGGUACUCGGUGCAGGCCGGGAUGGCUCAUACUGACGUGGCACAAAAGUACGUCCAGCUGUGGACUGUGCAGGUCGCAACCCCCGCUCAAAGCACUCCGCUCGAACUCGAUCCGUCUGAACCAUACCGGGCACACAGUUCACCAAAUGAGUAA